AUCUCUCUACCCAAAUAAGGAUAAAGUUGAGAAAAGAAGAAAGAUCCCGUCGAAUACCUCCGACAUUUCUUUUCAAUCUUUCGCUGUGUACCGUCGAAUCGCUGUUUUCAACCUUUCGAUCUCCAAGCGAUCCCAGAAGCCCUAAUCCCUCUCGCAUGAUAGUGGUAUCGAAUUGAAGGUUUGGAACGUUAAAAUCUUUAAUCGAGGACGACAGCAAUGGCCGAGGAAUCAAAGCAGAAAGGUGCAGACGUUGCCACCACUGACAUAUACAAUGUUGAAGCUGCUGAAAUUCUUGCCAAUGAGGCCCAGCAUCUACCUAUCUUGGAGGCGGCACCGAUUUAUGAGAAGCUACUUUCGACAUUUCCUACGGCUGCCAAAUACUGGAAGCAGUAUGUGGAGGCAUACAUGAAUGCAAACAAUGAUGAGGCUACAAAACAAAUAUUCAGCCGGUGCUUAUUAAAUUGUCUUCAUAUUUCUCUUUGGCUUUGUUACAUCCAUUUCAUCAAGAAAGUAAAUGAAAAGAAGGGAGCUGAGGGUCUUGAAGAAACCAGGAAAGCUUUUGAUUUUAUGCUGAGCUAUGUUGGAUCUGACAUCGCAUCUGGACCUGUGUGGAUGGAUUACAUUACUUUCUUGAAGUCAAUGCUGGCUACAACAGCUCAGGAAGAGUCGCAUCGCAUGACUUCUGUGCGGAAAGUAUACCAAAAAGCAAUUGUUACUCCAACCCAUCAUGUGGAGCAGCUUUGGAAAGACUAUGAAAAUUUUGAGAACUCUGUUAGCCGCGCACUGGCAAAAGGGCUAUUAUCUGAAUAUCAUCCAAAGUUUAACAGCGCCAGGGCUGUCUACAAAGAGCGGAAGAAGUAUAUGGAUGAAAUUGAUUGGAAUAUGCUCGCUGUUCCACCAAGUGGUACCUGCAAGGAAGAGCAGCAAUGUAUGGCGUGGAAAAGGCUCUUGGCAUUUGAGGAAGGGAACCCUCAGAGGAUUGAUGCUUCAUCUGCCAACAGACGUGUUAUUUUCACUUUUGAGCAGAGUCUGAUGUAUCUGUAUCAUUAUCCUGAUAUAUGGUAUGACUAUGCAACAUGGCAUGCAAAGAGUGGCUCUGUGGAUUCAGCAGUUAAAGUUUUUCAGCGGGCUUUGAAGGCUCUUCCUGAUUCUGAGUUAUUAAAGUAUGCUUAUGCGGAAUUGGAAGAGUCUCAAGGUGCAAUUCAGCCUGCCAAGAAAAUAUAUGAGAGUCUUGUAGCUAACGAUGCAAGUACAAUGUCACUUGCACACAUUCAGUUUAUUCGGUUUUUAAGGAGAACUGAGGGCAUUGAAGCAGCUCGGAAGUAUUUCUUAGAUGCUCAAAAAUCACCGACCUGCACUUAUCAUCUAUUUGUUGCAUAUGCUAUGGUGGCAUUUUGUCUCGACAAGGAUUCCAAGGUUGCACAUAGUGUUUUUGAAGCUGGAUUAAAGAGAUUCAUGCAUGAACCUAGAUACAUCCUUGAAUAUGCAGACUUCUUAUGUCGUUUGAAUGAUGAUAGAAAUGUCCGUGCUUUGUUUGAGCGCGCUCUAAGCUCACUUCCCCCAGAGAAUUCUGUAGAGGUUUGGAAACGAUUCUCUCAAUUUGAGCAGACAUAUGGAGAUUUGGCAAGCAUGUUAAAGGUUGAACAAAGAAAAAAGGAAGCUCUAUCAAGAAUGGCAGAAGAUGGUUCGUCAGAGUUAGAGAGUACUUUGUAUGAUGUCGUUUCACGUUAUAGUUUCAUGGAUCUUUGGCCAUGCUCAUCUAAAGAUUUGGAUCAUUUAGCACGACAAGAGGUACUCUUGUGGCUGGCCAAAAACAUUAAUAAGAAAGUUGACAAAUCAAGUCUAACAAAUGGUGCUAAUAUUGUAGCUGCAGAGAAGGGUUCUUUUGGACUGAUAACCAACUCAAAAGUGGGUCCGCCAUCUACAAAACUUGUUUAUCCAGAUAUAUCUCAGAUGGUUAUAUAUGAUCCUAGGCAGGCACAAGGCCUGGAGAUCCCAGCUGUUUUGAGCUCAACUACUACAUCCAGUGUGGCUCUAGUUGGCAGUGGGAAUACAACGGCAGUUGAGGAGAUUUUGAAAGUGGUCUCACCAGCAUUGGUGGCUUUCAUUGCACACUUGCCUGCUAUUGAAGGUCCUUCACCAGAUGUCGACAUGGUAUUAUCUAUUUUGCUUCAAAGCACUGCACCAACUGGACAGCUUGGUAAACCAACUACUCAGCAAAUCCCAGCAGGUCCAGCUCCCAGCACAAGUGAUCUUUCAGGCUCUAGCAGGACACGUUUGAACCCAAAUGGAUCAUCUAGACUUCCUAGAGAAGGACACUCUGGGAAAAGAAAAGAUCUUGACAGGAAAGAAGAUGAUGAGAGCAUAACUGUACAAAGUCGGCCACUCCCACGAGAUGUUUUUAGGCUCCGGCAGCUGCGGAGGUCACGAGGUGUCAGCUCUUCACAGACAGGAUCUGUUGUCUCUGGUGGAAGUGCAUUUUCUGGCGAACAAUCUGUUAGCGCUGAUUGAUUGUGUAAGCUCCAUAUGUAAUAGUGACUAAUUAUCUAUCUAUAUAUCUAUGAUGCGUACACACUUGCGCGCCAUUGAUAGAAAGUAUUAUAGGAAAUUCCUCAAUUAUUGUUGAGUGAAUGUUUAAAAUAAUCGCUGUUGUCCAUCAGAAUUACCUUAUUGCUCCAUGAGACUUGUACAGGAACAGCUUAGGCACCCCCUUGACAAAUUUCUCAGCUCGUGUAGGAUGUUUAUUGCCUGGUAAUGGAACCCCACGGUUGGUUGGGGACUGCUUUCCUA